AUGGAUUCAUGGAUUUCUACAGUCUUUCCUUGGCCACCUAGCUUGAUAUCGCCAUGUUGGAUUUUUAAAGAGCAGAUAUCUCUGAGUUUCUGGAGUGAUGUGAUGACAGUACGGAGUGAUAAGCCCGUUCGAAGAGACAUUUUAUUGCUGGACUCUUCUAUGGACCACAAGAAGAUGAUGAACAGCCACUGCACUAGCAGAAGCUUAGAAUUUUCGAAAAAGGAACCAGCUCUAAUUGAUCGCCGUUCUUUCAGUAACGUGUUGGAGAUUCCCAGUGAAAUCCAUCCUCUGAUUCUGACCUUUCGCGUAAGACCAUGUCAGUUCCGCAGUGACACUGACGCCUAGCUGCCAGCAAGCCACAAUUGACCAGAAACGUAAAAAUGGUCUGAUAACUUUGAACUAAGGUAAGUGAUCAUGAUAGGAUGAGUUUUUCGAUCUUGCAUGUAGUCGCUUUAAAACUUAGGUCAGAUCGAAAGUGUCCAAUGAGGAAUAAAUUAAGUAUUCAUAUGCAAAAACAUGCUAGACCAAUAAACAAUUCAGAAUUCACUUAUAUUCUCAUUAAUAUUCGUUUAUUUUUCUGUUGACCAACCACGUUUCUGUAAGAGUUUCACAUGCCUUGUUCAUUCGAUCCACGGGAGAGUAUAAAAGCCUUUGUGAAGAGAAAUUCAAUCAUUACGUAAUUAUUCGCAGACAAAAAACAAUGUCUCGGCGACUUCUGAAAUGUUCUAUCUGCGACGGCAACCACUCGAUUUUUCAUUGUAUCAACAAGCGUGGUGUCUGUUCUGGUGAUAACCAGCAGUGUUCUUGUCCAGCUCAGCCUCCUUAAAAAAAGGAGAAAGCCCCCCCGAGCAAACAACAGCCUGAUAAUAAGCCGAGCUACCAGGAGCUUAAAAAAAGUAUGACGCCUUGAUGAAAGACCACAAGAGGGUGA